CUGGUGAAAAAGUGCAUUGAAUUGUUCGAAGAGAUAGCCGAGGAUCACGAAAACUACAAGAAGUUUUACGAGCAAUUUAGCAAGAACAUAAAGCUCGGGAUCCACGAAGAUGGCAUCAAUCGCAAGAAGCUGUCAGAUCUCCUCAGGUACUUCUCUAGUCAAAGCGGCGAUGAAAUGACGAGUCUGAAGGAUUACGUAUCACGCAUGAAGGAGAAUCAGAAAGAUAUUUACUACAUUACCGGUGAGUCGAAAGAUGCUGUCGGCAAUUCCGCUUUUACAGAGGUCCUCACCAAGCGAGGCUUUGAGGUCCUCUACAUGCUUGACCCAAUCGAUGAGUACGCAGUCACACAGAUGCGCGAUUUUGAAGGCAAAAAGCUUGUCUGUGUCACCAAAGAGGGUCUGGAAUUGCCCGAAGAUGAAGCAGAAAAAAAGAAGUUCGAGGAACUCAAGUCUCAGUUUGAGCCCGUCUGCAAAAAGAUGCAGGAACUUCUCGGCAAGAGGGUCGAGAAAGUCACGGUAUCCAACCGCCUAACUACGUCCCCCUGCUGCAUCGUCACCUCUACCUUCGGCUGGUCGGCAAACAUGGAGCGCAUUAUGAAGGCGCAGGCCUUGCGCGACACCAGCACAAUGGGCUACAUGGCAGCCAAAAAGCACCUUGAAGUAAAUCCGCACCAUAAAAUAAUGACUGCAUUAAAGGCGUCUCUCGAGUCUGACGAGUCCAAUAAGAUGGCCAAAGAUCUCAUCCUCAUGCUAUUCGAGACUUCUCUCUUAUCUUCAGGCUUCACCUUAGACGAUCCUAAGAUCUUCGCAAACAGGAUCCAUCAGCUCGUCAGUAUGUGCCUCGAUAUCCCCGCCGAUGAGAUUCCUUCAGUCCCCGAGUCCGAGCCAGUUGCGGUCCCAGCUGAUGGCUCAGGGGAUGACGCUUGUAUGGAGGAGGUUGAUUAG